GGUUGCCAGGCAUUCGGACGGGCGCCGAAAUUCCUGCGGGGCCCGGAAACUUUCUGAGCAGUAAGAGCUGGGUCUGUGGAUAUCAAGAAAGAAGGCCGUUUGAACAGUAAGGAAUGAAGUCGCGGUUGGCAGCUUAUUAAGAGGUGGAAACCAUUUGAUUUUGUACUUGUGAAACAGAAGGAGAGGAGGCGGGUUGCAAACGAGGCGAUAUAAAGGAGUCGCUAUGGAGGACAGCAUUCGCCUGGUAUCUGCGGGAGAUGACAUAAAGAUCUGGAACUCCUCGUCAAUGACUGUGGUGGAUCAAUUCAGCCCUCACACCCCAAGUCAGACUGUUUCUAGAGUUUGUUGGAGCAGCAAUAAUCAUUUUCUGGUCAGUGCCUCUGGAACUGGAGAUAAAAUCGUAGUGUCAAGCUGCAAAUCUUCCCCAGUUCCCAUUCUGGAACUUGCAGAAGGGAAAAAGCAAACCUGUAUAAACUUGAACUCUACAUCCCAGUUCAUUGUUAGUGGUGGUCUGGAUAGCUGUGUCAAUGUCUGGGAUCUAAAGUUAAAGAAACUGUACCGAUCCCUUAAGGAUCAUAAGGAUGUAGUUACUUGCGUAUCAUUUAAUAGUAAUGAUUCCUACAUUGCCUCUGGUUCUGCAAGUGGAGAGAUAAUUCUUCACAGCAUUACUACCAAUCUCUCCAGCACUCCGUUUGGGUUUGGAAGUUCCCAGCCAAUCCAGGACCUGAAGUACUCUUACAUUAAGAAGUCUUUAAUGGGCAGCGUGUCUGACAGUGGUACUGUUGUCCUUUGGGAUGCUAAUACUCAGAAAUCUCUCCAUAGCUUUGAAAAUGCCCACAAGGCUCCAGCCUGUGGACUCUGCUUCUCACCUGCUAAUGAGCUACUCUUUGUUACUGUUGGCUUGGAUAAAAAAAUAAUUUGCUAUGACUCCUCCAGUAAGAUUCUUCUGCGCAGUCUGGUUGCUGAAUCUCCCCUCACAGCUAUUGACUUUAUGCCUGAUGGUGCCGCACUAGCAGUGGGUUCAUCUCGAGGAAAGGUGUAUCUUUAUGACUUAAGGAUGUUAACAUCUCCUGUUAAGGCGGUAACCGCUCACAAGACUUCAGUACAGUGUGUUAAGUUCCAGAAUGCACUAUCCCACAUCAAGUCAAGCAGUAAAGCUUCAGUUAGUAAGUCCUCGAGCUCCUUGUCAGCUGCCACCAGCAGGAGGGCAGCAGUAAAGACUGGUAAUCCAGUUGCAAACAACCUCAUGUCAUCUGUGGGACGAGAUGUACAGCAAAAGUCAACUGCAACUCUUGAGCAGAACAGUGGACCAGUGGCUGUGGAAAAAGUGGAUGGAAGACCUGAUGGCAGAGGAAUACCUAACAGCACCAGUUUGGAUGUGUUCCCGUCAAAAGAAACUGACAGCAUUAAGGGAACUGAUGGGCUUCCUAGUCUUGACAAAUUUGACUCAGUUGGCCGAAAUAGCCUUAGUGAUGUGUUCUCCCCUAUACGAGAUGAUUAUAGUUUUCAAAAGUCAAGCGCUGAUCUUGCUAAAGGAGAUGUGAUGGAUUUUAUGUCACAUUUUUCGGGUAACCUGACAUCUCAUAAGAUUCCUACUAGUGGCUUACAGACCUCCAACACUCUUCUCUCAUUUGGUGAAUCACCCCUGAAAGCAGAAGAUGCAGACAGCGACAGUCUUAAAGUAGGACAGGCAACAGUUGGAAGCCAUGACACACAGUCUUUGAUCAAGGUGAAUCGUGCCUUAUCUGAAUCAGCCAAUUCAAGUGGUUGUGGUAACACAAGCACACCUGUGAUGUCAUCCAUAAAAACUCUUGAACCAAAUGAGAGGCUAGGAAAAGAUUUACAAACAAAGCUGCUGUAUGACUCUCCAGUAAGUGGAGCUCCUUGUGGUGGAUCAGUCUUGUCUCCAGAACCCAUAUUGUCUGCUGCUCUAACAGAAGGUGUAGCCUCUUCAUUAUCUGAAAAGAUAGCAGGAACUAUUAACAACAAUGGAAGUGGUCCUCCUCUGUCCUCAAUUCAGAUUCACUUUAUCCGAAAAAUGAUCCAGGAAACGUUGGAAGACUUCAGGGAAGCCUGCCACAAAGACAUUGUCAACCUGCAGGUGGAGAUGAUAAGGCAGUUCUACAUUCAGUUGAAUGAAAUACACUGUCUCAUUGAAAAAUAUUCAGUUAAUGACACUCUAGUUGCUGAAAUUGAGAAGCUGAAGGAGGAAAACAAAAGGCUGAGGGCAAAUUUUUGAAAAUGAAUACAUUGAGUGACUUGAGAUACAGAGCAGGACUCUACCUGCUUCCCAACAUGGUCCUAGAAGAGGCCCUGCCAAGCAAGUCCUGCCUCCUGAAACUUUACCCUUCAAAGUGGCGAGAAGGAAAAGGCAGAAAUUCAAGCAGGAAGAGAGACAGGGUUUGCUCUGUUUACUAAUCUUCCUUGUCUAUUGAUAGGCUGAACUUUCUAACUUGUGUGCUACAGCCUGUGCCUUGUUUUAAUGGUUCUGGUUAAUACAGUGAGCCUUCUAUGCAAGGGUGUUUAAUAACUUAAUCUCACCCAUAUUUGUCUAUGUGAAAGAGGGUGAUUUUUUUUUUUGCAUUUGUAAAUGUUUGCAUUAUCUUUUAAAUGUGUCUCCUGAAACUAUUAACCAAUGGUUGCACUCUCUGGAGAGACUAAGGUUGUGCCCUUUCUACCUCUUUUAUACCCAGACUUUCCCGCUCUUCCCAUUAAAUACCUCUUGUGAGUCUGAAGAAAGUGUCCUUACUUUGCCAUGACAAUAUAGGCUGUUCUGGUCCAAUGAUUUUCUUAUCUUCUAGCAUUCUUGCAGAGAUUUUUGAUAAGAGUCUUCAUAUCUUCUGGAUUUUUUCCCUGGAGCAGAUAGGGUUAAUGUAAAAUGUGUUGCCUUGUUUUGAGACAAAAUAACGUGUUUAUCUUCCAAAGUUAACUAUCACUUGCAUAAGCUAUCUAAUGUUUUCACUUUUUGCUCCUGUGGAUUUCAGUGAGCUGACAGAUCUCAUUCACUUAAUGUGGACUUUGAAAGACUAGAUGCUUGCUGCUUUUCUUUUGUAUUUGCAUUAUGAAUGUGUACAAUACAAGGAGGUGCCCCAUGUGUCACAUUACAGAGUUGUAUGACUACUCAGUUGUUAUUUUCCAGAAUUUAAUGAGCCAGUUAGAGUAUUGGCAAGUUGAAGCCCAGCUCAUGGCUUUUUGAACCCUGCUCCACCAAGAACUAGUGAUAAUGAUAGCAAGGUGAAAUAGAACUAUCAGUGAUGCCAUGGAGAAGCAAGACAAAUUUGGAGCACAUCAACAUUACAAAGAUGUAUUUUAAAGUGUUUUUUUUUUUUUAUAAUAUUGCCAACCUCAUUUUCUAGGAAUUCCAGAAUUGACCAUAUGUAAUUGCUUUUUAGCAAAUAAAUUUGUAAUAAUUCUCCAUACCCGUUUACACACCAGGAAAAAUUGUUCUCAUAAAAUUUGGGGUAUAUCCAUCUGAGCAGAACAACUUUCCUUGAGUUUCAACCAGACUUAUCUGCUGAGUGCGUUGAGUUUAAAUAUUGCUGAAUCUCUUGUUUUUAGGAUAGGCUGCAAAGUCAGUCUACAUCAAGCAGCCAUUGCUGCAACUUAAGUUUUAUAAAACCUCCUGUUUGUUGCUCUUGGGAAUUGUUUUAAUAGUGAAGUGUUUCUUAAAAAUGUGUAAGGGGAAAAUGUUUAUCCCUACCCAAAUUAUACUCUUGCUCUCAGGCAAUUUUGUUUCCCAAUAUUUCCUAGAUGUUAUUGUGUAAUCUUUUGGUAAAAAAAGUAAACAGGCCUUUGGAAAGAUGCACACAUUAUUUUACAAUAGUCCAAAGACUGUGGUAGAUAUGGUAACCAAAGCACAAUGUUCCCUAGCAUGCAGACUGUUUACGGAGGAGAUUAGAUCUUUUUAUUUGUGGUGGGCUCAUCUCAUGGCAUAUAGUAUUCUUGCAAUAAUUUCAUUAAAAAUAAGCAAUAAAAUAUAAGAGUGAAUUUGCUAAUCAUUUUAAAGUAGCUUUACAUUCAUUCUCUUAAUGAACUGUAAUAUUGAUCAUUUAUGAUUUUACCAGUAAUCAGCGACUUUGAGAUAUGUCAGCAUUAUUUGUUCAUUGUAAUUAAUGUUGCAGGCUUGUGUUUACUACCAGAUAAGUAUUUAUUUUCCAUUUUUUAAUUAGAGAGUAAAAUAUCUUUAGCGAUUUAUUCUUGUUUAUAUGGCUUGUGUUUUUGGGUAUGAAUACUUUUCUUUUCAGAAUGUGAGUAUAAACCUGUACAGAGACCUGUCUUCCAUUAUAAAAUUCAGACCACCCAAAACCAAUUUCUUUCUUAAAUUGUCCCAUUAGAAAUUGUGAGACUCAAAAAAAAAAUGUCCAAAAAAUCUUAGUACACUGCAAUCCUACCCAUAUAUUUAAUGUGUUAGGAUGUAAAAAAUGGUUUUGUUUAUUGAAGCCAACAACUCAAUUCAGUUUACAUGGAAGUGUCAGUAAAAAUGUAAAACCUCGGGCUUUUCUCAACUCUUCCCCAUCUUUUCCAUUAGGUAGACAUUGUUUGAAUUCAGACAUAUUAUUUAUAAGAUGUAAAUAGCAAUAAAAUGGUAUUACUAUGAUUGGAAUCAUUUACUUUAGCACUUACAAAGGCAGACAUCAGUGUAAAUUUUAGAAUUACAUGGCAUACAUGCUUCUCCAUUUUGAAAUUUUUGAUUUCUACAAGGUAAAAACCGUUUAUAUGAAUAAGAAGAAAAACUUACCAGUCAGCUGGAGAAACUGCCUAUCUAUUUAUGAUUACCAUGAUUCGUAAAAAGUUAUUUAUGCCCCAAAGGUUAUCAUUUUUUUUACUCGACCUCACCCAAAAUGAAGUACUGUACAAUCUCCAUGCUUAGAUUUCUAGAGAGCACAGCAGUUGUUUAAUGAACUGUUGCAGGGAUUUUUCUAUAUCAAACCAGUUAUGCCUUGUUUUAGAGAUGAAGCGAGUUGUAAUACAAUUUUUAAAGUGUGUAUACAUUUGUAAAGAAAUAAAUAAAAAUGUAAAACAAGAACA